GCUAUGCUCUUCUUCUUCUUCUUCUUCUUCUUCUUCGCCAAUGGUGGUGCUCCCCUUCCACCGCCUACUCCCUCCGCUUCUCCUUCUUCUUUUCAUCUUGAUCCCCUCUCUGCUCUUGAUCUCUCCCUCCAAACCUUCCUCCUUCUUCUCCGACGUCUCUCUCCCUUCACCGCCAGCUGCCCCUCUUGUUGUUCCUCCUCCUUCCAGUCCUCCGACCUCUUCCCCCGUCCCUCCGAUCUCUCCUCCUGUUCUUCCGUUCACACCACCUCAUCUGUCUUCUCCGGCGGUGGAACAGAGCAAUGGGGUGGAGAGGAGUGAGGAAAGGUGCGAUCUUUAUGAUGGGAACUGGGAGAGGGAUGAAGAAAAGCGUUAUCCACUCUAUGAUCCUGGUUCUUGCCCUUAUGUUGAUGAGGCUUUUGCUUGUGUUGAGAAUGGGAGGCCUGACAAGGAGUAUUUGAAAUGGAAGUGGGUGCCCCAUGGCUGUUCUCUCCCCAGGUUUAAUUCAACAGACUUUUUGGAGAGAAUCAGAGGUAAACGCAUGAUGCUUGUCGGGGAUUCAAUGAAUAGAAACCAGUUUGAAUCAAUGUUGUGCGUUCUUCGUGAAGGUUUGCCUGAUAAGACCAAAAUGUAUGAGACACGAGGUUACAAAAUUACAAAAGGCCGUGGCUACUUUAUAUUUCGGUUUGUGGACUACAACUGCACAGUUGAGUUUGUCCGCUCUCAUUUUCUUGUUAAAGAAGGGAAACGUGCCAAUGCUCAAGGCAAUUCAAGUCCAACUCUUCUUAUAGAUCGCGUUGAUAAGUCCUCAGGUCGAUGGAAGAAAGCCGAUAUCCUUAUAUUUAAUACUGGUCAUUGGUGGACUCAUGGAAAAACUGCAAAAGGGAAGAAUUAUUAUCAAGAAGGCGAUGUUGUUUAUCCAAAGUUUGAUGCAAUGCAAGCGUUUAGGAUUGCUAUGAGGACUUGGGGAAGAUGGAUUGACGAAAACAUGAACCCUUCAAAGAAACUAAUUUUUUACCGAGGUUACUCUACCGCCCAUUUCAGGGGUGGAGAUUGGGACUCCGGUGGCUCAUGUAAAGGCGAGAAGGACCCUAUAUUAAAGGGGCCCUUGAUCGAGACCUACCACCCAAAAAUGAAAAUCAUCGAGGAAGUUAUUCAAGAAAUGAAGUUCCCGGUCAUCCUCUUGAACGUAACAAAGCUGACAAACUUCCGUAAGGACGGUCAUCCAUCAGUCUACGGUAAAAUGACCCAAAACCAAGAGCCAAAAGUUUCUUCGAGGAAACAGGAUUGCAGCCAUUGGUGCCUUCCCGGAGUCCCCGACGCAUGGAAUGAGCUGAUCUAUGCAAGCUUUACAUUGAAUCAGAAGAAGCAGAGCUCUUGCCAUCACCCUCAGCAGAGAUCUUGGUUUGCUUCGAUAUUUGGAGAAACAAUGAAGACGAAGGAGGUCUCGUAAGCUUCAAUGCUUGCAACUCCUUCUUCAACCUCUUGUUCUCUUCACUCAAGCUCUGGCAAUACCUUCUCAAGAACUCACAUUCCACCUCAGUCUUCUUCAACUUAGUCCUACCUCAACUUGUCUAACCUGCAAGUCCAACUUCCUCGCAAGUUCCUGCUUCUGAUUCUGCAUGAAGUUAAUCACAUUGAGCAAUCAAAACAAGAAGAAAUACUGUCAAAACAUGAAUCAGAAUACCCCAUUGAGUAUGUUGUUUUCUCUGAAGGAAUUUUCAAGCAUGUCAGACUGUUCUUUGGUAAGCCUGAGCUUUUUCCGUGGCGCGAUAUCGCCGAUGACUUCAUCGUCCUCUGGAUUAGAAGUAGUAGAAGCAGGGAAUAAAACAUGCAGUUGUUGUUGUUGUUGUUGAACUUUGUUCUUGUUUUCAUUGCUAAGUUUCUCAUGUUGAUGGCUUGUUCCUAUACUUAGACUAAGGCUUAUGUUCUCCUUGUAUUCCUCCAUGGAAACCAAAAUGAAGCAUUUGGUUAUAAUUUAUAUUAGUAUCAAGGAAUGAAACGUUGGAAAAUGUAGUUAUUGAGAGCAUUAAAGAGUAGGAAUGAAGGAAUGAAGGAA